CCAUCACUAAUCGGCAGUGUAAAUAAAAUAAAUGAGCAAAUUAUUUUAACUUAAAAAGUAGAUUCUCCUAGACAUGCAGCGUGGUAAGAUUUCCUUCGGGAAAAUCCAACUGAAUGUCAACAAGGCGCCCUCUGAACCCAAGGCUAAUGAAAACCCAGGGGAAAAUGAGCGGGAGGAAUCCUCUCAAGCCGGCAGCAGCAGUGGAGGCGGUGGAUUCAAGAAGAUGGACAAACAACAGAUGAUUCGGCAAAUCGAGGAUGUGGCCGAGGAUCUGGAGAGCCAGCACCUGAAGGAGGUGAUGGGCAUCAGCGGAUUUGGACGAAAGGCAGCCAAAGUGUUCGACAUUAACGAGCAAAUAGAAAAGGCCAGGAUUACGCGGCCUGGAUUGGACAGAAACAAGGAGGAUCCCACCCAGAAAGCGGAUGAAAAGACAGAAGAGGAAGAAGAAGACGUUAUCGGACCUCUGCCACCGGUUCCCGCAGAGGAAAAGAACAAAUCCACCAAGGACGAUGCGAGCAAAGAGGAUUCCGAUGAUGAUUCGGAUGAUGACGAUUCCGAUGAUGAGCAGAGCCUGGCCAAGCGCAUACCCUACACCCACGAGGUGCAGAUGCAGCACGGAUCCCGGGCUGUCCUGGCCCUGGCUGGAGAUCCCUCCGGUGCCCGUUUGGUUUCCGGCUCCAUAGACUACGAUAUGUGCUUCUGGGACUUUGCCGGCAUGGACUCCGGCAUGCGCAGCUUUCGACAGCUCCAGCCCUGCGAGAAUCAUCCAAUCCGCUCUCUGCAAUACUCCGUGACCGGCGACAUGAUCCUAGUUAUCUCAGGAAACGCCCAGGCAAAGGUGCUGGAUCGCGAUGGCUUUGAGAAGCUGGAAUGCUGCAAGGGCGAUCAGUACAUUUCAGAUAUGUCGCGCACAAAGGGGCACGUGGCUCAAUUAACUUCGGGCUGCUGGCAUCCCUUCAACCGAGAGCAGUUCCUCACCGCAGCUUUGGACGGAACCCUGCGCAUCUGGCAGGGCCUGAAGGCCAAGGAGCAAGUCCAGGUUAUCAAGACCAGAGCUCAGGGCGGCCUGCGAACAAACGCCGCGUCGUGCAACUUCAAUCGGGAUGCCACAUUAAUUGCAGCUGGAUGUGUGGAUGGAUCCAUUCAGACCUGGGACACGCGCAAAAUGUUCGUCAACACAACGCACUGUGUCAGGGGAGCGCAUCAGAAGGGCUCCGAGAUUACCUCCAUAGUGUUCUCGUACAUGGGACAACAGCUAGCCACCAGGAGCAACGACGAGACCAUGAAGCUGUGGGAUUUGCGACAGUUCAAACAGCCACUGCACACCUGGACGAAUCUGUUUUCGCGCUACGACACUACCGACUGUUGCUUCAGUCCGGACGACCGACUGCUGGUGACCGGCGAAUCACUGCCCAAGGAUCAGACCGAGGCGAAUCUGUAUUUUUACAGCACCAGGAACUACGAGGAAGUGCAACGCAUUCCCGUGUCCAACUCACAUGUGGUCAAGACACUGUGGCACCCCAAGCUCAACCAGCUCUUUGUGAGCUGCGGCAAUGGAACUAUUAAGUGCUACUACGACGAACAUCGCAGCAUCCGCGGCGCCAAGUUAUGCGUGGUAAAGAGCCACCGCAAGCGACAGCCGAUGGAGAUGGUGGGCGUGUCCCAGAUCAUCACGCCACACGCUCUGCCGCUGUUCAGGCAGGAGAAGUCACGCUCCUCGCGCAAGAAGAUGGAGAAGGCGCGCAUGGAUCCCGUCAAGUCGAAGAGGCCGGAUCUGCCCAUCACCAGCGGUCAGGGCGGCCGAGUGGCAAGCUCCGGCGGUACUCUUUCCUCAUAUGUCAUCCGGAAUCUUGGCCUGAGCAAACGAGUGGACGACGAUCAGGAUCCCAGGGAAGCCAUCCUCAAAUACGCAAAGGACGCAGCGGAGAAUCCCUACUGGAUAGCACCUGCCUACAAGCAAACCCAGCCAAAGGCCAUCUUCUCCGAGAAACUCCCCGCAGAUGAGCCGGUGACUAAGAAACCCAAAACAGAGGCGGACAAAUAAGAAGUUAAUUGGUUACUUAGGUUACUUAGCCAUGUAAUUAAAUAUAUUCGGUAGUA